GCACACAACUAUAUAUGUAUAACUAUAUAUAUAUAUAUUCUUACUAUCUCACUGUAUUCACUUUUGAGUCAUCUAGAAAGAGGGUCUGGCAAGGGGUGUUUGUUUGAUGUGUGAAAUUCAUCGGAUCUCAAUAAUCCAACCAUCAUCAUAUCGGAGCAAUCUUUCAACUCUUAACACUUCGACUUCUCUGUUUGAUCCUACUUUAAUCAAACUUAUUUUUUUUGGGGUGUAAAUCGACCGAACACACCUUCUCUUCUCUUCUCUUCUCUUCUCUUCAAUGGCGUCUCCUGGAAAUCCACCAAAUCAACAACCCUUCGACAUGCACAAACUCUUCAAACCCUCCUCUUCUCCUCCUCCUCCCCCUCCACCCAUCUCCAAUACGUCGCCGUUUCCCCCAUCUUCCUCCUCUUCCUCGGCUUCGUAUCCACCUCCACCCACCACCACCUACUCCUACCCUCCUCAGUCACCUCCACCGCCAUUUCACCUCUACUCACCAAUCUUAUCAGACCAGCACCAGAGGACCAUCUCUUAUCCCACUCCUAAUCUCCCCCCACCAAACCCUAAUCCGGGUGGUGCUCGAUUGAUGGCACUUCUGGGUUCAAAACCCACUUCCAAUCUCGAUCCGUCGCAGCCCAAUUUGCCGUUCCCGUCACCGUCGUCGUCCGGUGCAGGAGGUACAGGACCGGAAUUUUCGUUGCCGGUAAGCACCCCUGUUUUUCCCUCAGCCCCGCCGGCCGGUUUCUCAACUCCUCAGCCGACCCCCAUGCGGUUCCCAAGUAGCAAACUUCCGAAAGGACGACACUUGAUUGGCAACCAUGUUGUGUACGACCUAGAUGUCAGAUUGCCCGGUGAGUUUCAGCCCCAACUGGAAGUUACUCCGAUUACGAAGUACAUUUCCGAUCCCGGGCUUGUCGUUGGCCGUCAGAUUGCGGUCAAUGGGACUUAUAUAUGCUACGGAUUGAAGAUGGGUAAUAUUCGGGUGCUUAAUAUAAAUACUGCAUUGAGAUCUUUGCUUCGAGGACACACUCAGAGAGUAUCAGAUAUGGCAUUCUUUGCAGAAGAUGUUCACCUUUUGGCCAGUGCUAGUAUUGAUCGACGGGUUUUCAUAUGGAAGAUUAAUGAAUGCUCUGAUGAGGAAGAAAAGCCUCAAAUUACUGGAAAAAUUGUUAUUGCCCUUCAGAUAGAAGGAGAAGGGGACUCAAUGCAUCCACGGGUUUGUUGGCAUUGUCACAAACAGGAAAUUUUGGUUGUAGCCAUUGGAAAUCAUAUCCUGAAAAUUGAUACCACGAAAGUUAGAAAAGGUGAAGAGUUUUCAGCAGAGACACCUCUUAAAUGUCCCAUUGACAAGCUGAUUGAUGGGGUUCAGCUUGUUGGUAAGCACAAUGGCGAAGUUACUGAAUUGUCAAUGUGCCAAUGGAUGACUACCCGUUUAGCUUCAGCUUCAACAGAUGGCACGGUGAAAAUAUGGGAAGAUCGUAAAGCAGUUCCCCUUGCAGUAUUGAGGCCACAUGAUGAUCAACCUGUUAAUUCUGUUACCUUCUUGACUUCUCCUCACCGACCUGAUCACAUUGUUCUUAUAACGGCGGGACCACUUAAUCGGGAAAUAAAAAUAUGGACCUCAGCACAUGAAGAAGGCUGGUUACUGCCUAGUGAUGCUGAAUCGUGGCAGUGUACUCAGACUUUGGAAUUGAGGAGUUCUAAUGCAUCCAAGAUCGAGGAUGCAUUCUUUAACCAAGUUGUAGCCUUGCCCCAAUCAGGCCUUCUUUUGCUUGCGAAUGCUAAGAAGAAUGCUAUAUAUGCUGUUCACAUAGAAUAUGGUCCUAAUCCUGCUGCGACCCGGAUGGAUUACAUUGCUGAGUUUACAGUUACCAUGCCUGUAUUAAGUCUUACCGGAACAAGUGACAGCUUACCGGAUGGAGAACAUGUUGUACAGGUAUACUGCGUUCAAACACAGGCUAUUCAGCAGUAUGCCUUGGAAUUGUCUCAAUGCUUGCCACCGCCCCUGGAAAGCGUGGAACUUGAGAGAACAAAUUCUAAUGUUUCUCGACCUUUUGGCGAUGCUAAUCUCAAUGGUUCUGCUACUUUGGAAUUGUCUAACAGUUUUAAAUCCUCUGAGAUGCCUCUAGGUAGUCCGAUUCCAAUACCACCAAUACUAUCCACAGGCCCUGAAAGUGCCCCCAUAGCCAGCUGUCCAGUAAGCCUGUCAUCUUCUGAGGUCACUAGCUUUCCAGAAUUUGCUGCUUCAGCUGUGGAGUCUAAGCCAAGUGCAGCUUCAUCAAGUAAAAGUACUGAAAGCUUUCACACUGCAUCACCUCUUGCCUUAAGUCCAAGGUUAUCUAGACAAUUAUCUGAUAUUAGAAGUCCUUUAAACAGCAUUGAUCCUAGUCUGCCAUCCACUGCUCUUGGUGGUGACCAGCCAGUACUUGACUAUUCAGUUGACAGGAGAGUGGAUACCGUUGAGGAAAAUUUGGCUGAUUCACGUUCUUCAGGCGACAAUCUAAGGAAGGAUGAAGAAAAUGGUGCACAAAAUGAUAUUUCUUUGGUUCCUAAUUCUCCUAUGACUUUUAAACACCCGACGCACCUGAUAACUCCCUCAGAGAUAUUAUCUAUGGCUUCAUCCUCUGAAAACACACAAAUUACUCCAGCUAAAAUUGUUGGAGAGGCAAAGAUUCAAGAUGUGGUUGUCAACAAUGAUCUGGAAAGCACUGAGGUAGAGGUUAAAGUUGUGGGUGAGGCUGGAGGCAGCCAAAAUAAUGGGUUUGACUACCAGAGUGAACCCCGUGUAAUUGUUGCAGAGAAAAAGGAGAAAUCCUUUUACUCCCAAGCCUCCGAUCUUAGCAUUCAGAUGGCCAGGGAUUGCCAUGUGGGAACUUACAGUAUGGACAGGGUUCAUCAGGCUGGUAUCGUUACUGAGUCUCUUAUCCAACCUAAUGCUGGUGAGGAUGAAGUUCGAGAUUUGGCAGGAAAUAUGUCUGCAAAGGUUGGUGAAACAACUAAUAUCCCGACUAUUUCGCAGUCCCCAGGUCCAGUGACAAAAGGGAAAAAACAGAAGGGGAAAAAUUCUCAAGUCCCUGGUCCAACUUCUCCCUCUCCAAGUCCUUUCAACUCAACAGAUUCAUCCAAUGGACAAGGGAGCAGUUCAAGUGCACCAUCUACUGAUGCUGCCUGGUCUCACUUAUUUGCUAUGCAGGAGAUGCUGGACCAGUUAAUGAGCAUGCAAAAAGACAUGCAGAAGCAGAUGAGUGUAAUGGUGUCUGCACCAAUUAGCAAAGAAGGUAAAAGAUUAGAAGCAUCUCUUGGCCGGAGCAUGGAGAAAGUUGUGAAAGCCAAUAUGGAUGCUUUGUGGGCUCGUUUUCAGGAGGAAAAUGCAAAACAUGAUAAGUUAGAACGAGACCGGGCACAACAGAUCACAAAUUUGAUUGCCAAUUAUAUAAACAAGGAUUUGCCAGUCAUUUUAGAGAAAACACUAAAGAAGGAAAUAGCUGCAGUAGGAUCAGUGGUUGCUCGCGCUAUUACUCCGAUUUUGGAAAAGAACAUAUCUUUAGCAAUUGUAGAGUCAUUCCAGAAAGGAGUUGGAGAUAAGGCCGUAAAUCAACUAGAGAGAUCAGUUAAUUCAAAACUUGAAGCUACAGUGGUUAGGCAAAUCCAAGCGCAGUUCCAAACUUCUGGCAGACAAGCUCUCCAGGAUGCAUUAAAAUCAAGCUUUGAAGCUUCAGUUAUUCCCGCGUUUGAAGCAUCUUGCAAAGCCAUGUUUGAGCAAGUAGAUGCCACAUUUCAGAAAGGUCUUGUAAAACAUGCAAAUGCUGCUCAGCAGCAUUUUGAGUCCAUGCAUUCACCAUUGGCUGUUGCUUUGAGGGAUACAAUUAAUGCAGCAUCAUCAGUGACUCAAACUCUAAGUGGAGAAUUGACUGAUGGUCAACGCAAGCUGUUAGCUAUUGCAGCUGCUGGUGCAAACCCAAACACUGCAAAUCCCUUGGUUACCCAAUUGAGUAAUGGACCAUUAGCCGGUCUACACGAGAUGGCGGAAGCUCCUUUGGAUCCAACCAAAGAGUUAUCCAAAUUGAUAUCUGAGCACAAAUAUGAGGAAGCAUUCACUGGAGCCCUGCAAAGAAGUGAUGUGUCGAUUGUAUCUUGGUUAUGUUCUCAGGUUGAUUUACAUGCGAUUUUGUCACAAGUUCCUCUCCCUCUGAGCCAAGGAGUUCUACUUGCCCUUCUUCAGCAAUUGGCUUGUGAUAUCAGCAAGGAAGCACCAAGAAAGCUGGCCUGGAUGACUGAUUUGGCUGUUGCCAUAAACCCAGCAGAUCCUAUGAUUGCAAUACAUGUGCGGCCAAUCUUCGAGCAGGUUUAUCAGAUACUGGGCCAUCAACGGAGCCUACCGACCAUCUCUGCUGCUGAAGCAUCCAACAUCCGCCUUCUUAUGCACGUCAUAAACUCCGUCUUGAUGAGCUGUAAAUGACUCUCCCUGUCACCCUAAUUUGUGCAGCAUUGUCGGUCAGGUUUGGGUUUGUACAUAAAUUUAGGAAGUCUUUUACUUGUCAAAAAAAAGAAAAAGAAAAAGAAAAAAAAAAAGGAAGUUUAAGGGAAAGCUGAAACCAUAUGGUCUUGAGCUAUUGCGAUAAUUUGUGCCAAGUAGGGUUGGUUAUGGAUGUGGUCACCUGUUCUCCAUUUUGUUUUGUUCUUUUUUUUUUUUUUUUUUUGGUUCAUAUUAUUCUUACUUUUCCAGUCAUGUUUCAUUUCUUUUUCUUUCUUUUUUUCUUUUCGGAAAUUAAACUUUUCUAAUCAUGUUGCUCAUGUUGCAACAGUGUAUUCUAUCUUAUAAAAGAAAUGUAACUGAACCUUGAUCCAUCAUUAUUUCUGAGUCCCUUUUUGUAUUUCUCGAACACUGUAUGUAGAUUUUUUGAUUUAAUCAUCUGAUUUUAGUUUUCACUCU